UAUACCGCUCGGCGUAUAAUAUUGAAAGUUAAAAUAAAUCUCAUUAGAGAUUUUAUUUGUUUACCACAAUGUGUUCGCCGGGAAGCAGCUUGAUGUUAACUCUAUGCUUGAUUCGUGCGAUUUACGCAUUAGUCAUUAUAGCGCUUAUUCUUAUAAGUGUUUAUAUCAUACAAUUUGUAUUAUUCUCUUCCUAUAAAAAUGAUGUACACUGCUACUGUACAGUGUAUGCAUCAUUUGAAGCAAUUCAGAUUUAUUUGAUCCAAAACUAUUGGAAAUACUUCAGCAUCACAGACAUAGAAGAUAAAUGGCCUUAUGUUAGCUGUGAUUAAUUAUGCGUUGCGUAUUGUAUGCUAUUUUAAAAAAAUUUUGUACCGCUUUAUAUGAUCGGUUUCGUGUCAAUAAAGAUGCUAAUUUAAUUAUUCUCAUUGUAUAUAUAGUGAAAGUUUAAACAAGCGAAAAGCAAUAAAAAAAAUGUUUUAAUGACAGGAGCGCUGAACAGCUUUUAAAAAGGAAUUCAAAAUAUAUAAUAGAAUUAUUAAAUAUCGUAAAGCACAUGUGAUUGUCGUUUAAAAAAAAAUGGGGGAAAAUAAUUUAUCUUCAACACGAAAGAAUGAAAAGAAAAAGAUAACUAUCGAAGUAGAUGAAGAUGAUCCUUGUCUCAAAAAGAAUAAAAUUCAAGAGAAAGAGAUACAAACUGAGAAUGAGUCCAUACGUACUCUUGGCAAUGACCCGAGAUUUCAGCAACAAAAUCAGACGCCGAGAUGUUUCGUAAUGUAUACUGACUUCUAUCGCUGUGAGCAUAUUUUAGGUAAAGAUUCCGAAGCAUGUACGUGGUUUAAAGAUGUUUUCACGUCCAUAUGUCCGAAGGCCUGGGUGGAACAGUGGGAUGAACUUAGACUUACAGGCAGAUUACCUUGGCAUAAAUACAGAACUCAAGGCGAUUUCCCCGGCAACAAAUAUGGUGAAUAAAAAAAGAGAGAGAAAGAGAGAAAUCAAUCACGUAAAACAAAAUUAA